CCCACUUGCACUGCCUGUCCGCAGCCCGCCGCAUGUAGUCUCCGGUGCCAACGGGAUGUCCAUUCAAACUCCGUCCCCGGUCCCGAGUUGACGUAUUGAUAAGUUAGAGCCUUGUCCCAUCAUCGCUCGACUCGCCAUCUCUCCCAACUGCUUUCAAUCACUUUCACGCGAACCAACAACAUGCCACCCCAAUUCAUCGCCGGCGAUGUGCGCGGCAAGGACCCCACGCAGUUGAAAGACGUACUCGGAUCCCUCGGGAUCAAGCGACUUGACACCGCUGCCAUCUACGAUGGAGGCGAGUCUGAGAAGCGCAUUGGUGCGGCCCAUCUGCCGCAGCAUUUUACGAUUGACACCAAGAUCAUGGUGACCAACAUGAAUCCCAAUGGCUCGCACACGCCAGAGCUUAUUGAGAAAAGUCUGUCCAAUAGUCUGAAAGUGAUGGGGGUGGACAAGGUCAACGUUUAUUACUGCCACACUCCCGAUCUGCAGACCCCCGUUGUUGAUCAGGCCAAGGCGCUCGACGAGCAGUACAGGAAGGGCCGCUUUACUCAUCUCGGCUUCUGCAAUUUCUCCCCCUCCAUGAUCCAGGAGUGGCUGGACGUCGCCGAGAAGCACGGCUAUGUAAAGCCAACCGUGUAUCAAGGGCAGUACAACCUGCUUUGCAGAGGGUAUGAAACCACCAACAUUCCCCUGCUGCGAAAGCACAACAUGGUCAUCAACGCCUUCUCCCCUCUCGCCGGCGGCUUCCUCUUGGGCCACCUGACGGAAGACGGGCUCCAAGCGGGCUCGAGGUUCAACGCAGGGGCAUCGGGCGCGGGGGGCGCCUAUCUCAACUUCUACGACCAUCCAAGUAUGCACGAGGCCAUCAAACGUCUUCGAAGCAUCAGCAAAAGCUCCGGCAUAGGGUUGGAUGAGUUGAGUCUGCGCUGGCUCGUCUACCACUCCGCACUCGGCGAUCAGGAUGGCGUGAUUCUCGGAGGGAGUAAAUUGCAGCACUUCGAGAACAACAUGGCGCAAAUCCGCAAAGGGCCGCUCGAUGAUGCAAUCGUUCAACAGCUCGAUGCGCUGUGGGAUGUGUGCAAAGAAGAUGGGGUGAAACUUGUUCAGCAUGACGACUACCUCAUGGGAAAGCCGAGACCGUGAUUGCUUGACGCAAGGCGUGGAUAGCAGCCACAUGACAA